AUGGAGCAUCCGACCGGUCAGUCACCCGUGAACCCAGGAUUAGCUGCAAGGGUCUCAGCUCACUCGCCGAUGAUGGUACCUGAAGGCUAUUGCAGGCCGCCACACAACCAACUGCACGUUGGCCCUAGGGGAGGCUGGAAGGAGUGCAUAAACCAGCCACCAAUGGGUCUCGCGCAGGGGAGGAGUCAUGCUUUCCAUGAUGAAGAAUCGACUGUCAGCCAGGACCGUAAGUGCCGUGAUCAUGAUGACGUGCCUUUGUCUCGGCUUGGUCAUGAGUACCUGGUACCCGUCCCGUACGUUCCGCCACAAGGUGCAGAUGACAUUCAUGUCGAGCGCCUGGCCAGGUUGGAGUCCACCAUCAAAAGGAUGCGUGAAUUCCUGGUGCGACACAUACCCAGGUCGUCUUGUCCUGGCAUGAACAAGCGAGUUCUAGCGGUCCUUGUCAAGGCCCGUGAGUACCUGAGGGUUAUGGAAGCAGACGUAGCAGCUAUUAGAGAGACAGACCGAGCUGUCAGAAAAAGUGCGGAAAAAAUGCGAAGACUGCGGGAUUACGUUCGCGACACAAUUGAACAGCUUCAGAACCCUGCUGACUGCAAAUCAGCGCCCAAGCUGCGUUGCCUCCUGGACAACCCGUCGGGUCUGGCGGCCGGUGCUCACGACGUCCUUUGGUGCUUUGUGGCAGCCCUGCAAAUGGGUCGCACGCUGAUUCUCAACAGCACGCCGUGGCACUAUACUCCAAAUGACAGUGGCUGGACAGAGGUGCUCCAACCUGUCGCCGGACCUUCCUGCGAGAAUGCUGGCUCCGAAAACAUGAUAGUCGACGGCUACCCCGGACAUGAAUGGGGCCUCAAGACGCGACGUCGAAUGCGGGAUCUACCCGCGUCAUUUGCGAAGGACUUGGUGGCAAACCACGGUGAACCUUACGCCUGGUGGUACGGCCAGAUCUUGGCCUACAUUUUUCGGCUUCAGAACUCGACACGCGAGUUCAUAGAAGACUUCAAGAUAAAAAAUGACUACAAGCAUCCUAUGGUAGCCUUGCAUAUUCGGCGCACAGACAAAAAGAAGGAAGCAGCCUUCCAUGACGUGGCCGAGUACAUGCAGCACGCUGAAGAGUUCUACAGCUCCCUGGCACUAAGGGGCCAGCCGGUCCAGAAGCGUGUGUUCAUCGCUACUGACGACCCCGAAGUCAUUACUGAGAUAAUACAGAAGUUCCCCGAGUACAAGGUGAUCUCCAACCGUCUAUCUGCUCUUGAGGCCUUCGAUUUGAAGGCUCGAUUUCACAACUCUACUCUCACUAGCGUGCUCAUUGACAUAUACCUGCUUGCCGAGUCGGACUACCUCGUUUGUACCUUCUCUUCUGGGUUCUGCCGUCUCGCCUACGAGCUGAUGCAAGCCCGGUACGCCGAAACGGGUGCGGAUGCGACGCCCAAGGCAGUGUCGUUGGACAUCGAAUACUGCUACGCUUACGUGCCUUUCCCACCUCGACGAACGCUGUACUACAACAAACGCGUCUUUCACAACGAGCUGGAGUGGACGGCUCCGGGCGUACUAAUUAGGGUGGACAGACGAGUUCAUGCCCGUAUCUGA